UGUGAAGGAAAAGCGUUGGCAUUUGGCAAAAAUUAGCCGUCGGCUGCGUAUACCUUCUGCUCAAGGAAUAUUUUUCAACACUCGAUUGAAGCUAGCAAUGGAGGCUACAAAUUCAAAUCCCACUUCAACUGCUGCCGCCGAGCUACUGUGCGGAGUCAACGCAAAAGCACUGCUGGAUUCCGUUGAUGCAUUUCUCUUCGAUUGCGAUGGCGUUAUUUGGAAGGGCGAUAAGCUGAUCGACGGAACUCCCGAGACACUAGAAAUGCUUCGAUCCAUGGGGAAGAAGCUGAUAUUUGUGACCAACAACUCUACCAAGUCAAGAUUCCAAUACGCUAACAAAUUUCGUUCGCUCGGACUAUCUGUUUCUCAGGAUGAGAUAUUUUCGUCUUCUUAUGCUGCUGCUAUGUACUUGAAGGUCAAUCAGUUUCCUCUCGAAAAGAAGGUUUAUGUCAUAGGAGGGGAAGGCAUAGUACAAGAGUUGCAACUUUCUGGAUUUACUGCUCUUGGUGGCCCAGAAGAUGGAGAAAAAAGGGCUCAGUGGAAAUCAAAUUGCCUCUUUGAGCAUGAUAAAGAUGUUGGAGCAGUUGUUGUUGGAUUAGAUCCAGAUAUUAACUAUUACAAACUUCAGUAUGGGACCAUUUGCAUCCGUGAGAACCCAGGUUGCCUUUUUAUUGCUACAAACCGUGAUUCAGUUGGACACAUGACUGAUCUGCAAGAGUGGCCUGGUGCAGGGUGCAUGGUUGGUGCCAUUUGUGGGUCAACGGAAAGAAAGCCUAUUGUAGUUGGAAAACCGUCGACCUUCAUGAUGGAUUUUUUACUGCAGAAAUUUAAUCUAAGUACAUAUAGAAUGUGUAUGGUGGGUGAUAGACUAGAUACUGAUAUAUUAUUUGGACAAAAUGCUGGCUGCAAAACACUGCUAGUCCUUUCAGGAGUAACAACCAAAUCCAUUCUCGAUGACCCCUCAAACAAGAUUCAACCAGAUUAUUACACUUCCAAGGUCUCUGAUUUUCUCAAUUUUUUGGGAGAAUGACCUGAUUGUUCCAUUUUUCAUGAUUUUACCCCAUUUUUCAUCUCUGUUUAGC